UCCAGUCCCCGCUCCUCCACCCGAGAUUAUUUCGUAGUGGGACGAGAACUGGGAAGAAGAUGGCGGCUCUCAGGGUGGUGGUAACGACCGGGAGUGGGAGAAUCCUCCUAAAUGCAGCAAAAUGUUCCCACAGUCAAAAGGCUCAGAUGUCGUUCGCCAGCUUACCAAGGGGAAGGAAAGUGGCCCUGACCACUCUCGGGAUUCUGACAACGGGAGGUGCGGGCUUGGCUCUGGCCCUCCAGCAGUCUGUGAAGGCUUCUGACCUUGAGCUCCACCCCCCCAACUAUCCAUGGAGCCACAGUGGGAUGGUGUCGGCCCUGGACCAUGCCAGUAUUCGCCGUGGGUAUCAAGUGUACAAGCAGGUGUGUUCAGCGUGUCACAGUAUGGAGUACCUGGCCUUCCGUAACUUGGUGGGAGUCUCGCACACGGAGGCUGAGGUCAAAGUAAUAGCAGAAGAGAUUGAGGUAGUAGACGGUCCUGAUGAUUCUGGCGAGAUGUUCACACGGCCCGGAAAGCUGUCUGAUUAUUUCCCCAAGCCCUACCCCAACCCGGAGGCUGCGCGAGUGGCCAACAACGGAGCCCUGCCGCCUGACCUCAGCUACAUUGUUAACGCCAGGCACGGAGGAGAGGACUACGUGUUCUCCCUGCUGACGGGCUACUGCGACCCCCCGGCUGGCGUGGCGGUCAGGGAGGGGCUCUACUACAACCCCUACUUCCCAGGACAGGCCAUUGGCAUGGCCCCGCCCAUCUACAACGAGGUGCUGGAGUACGAGGACGGAACCCCUGCCACCAUGAGCCAGGUGGCCAAGGACGUGUGCACCUUCCUGCGAUGGGCCGCCGAGCCAGAGCACGAUCAGCGCAAACGCAUGGGUCUCAAGCUGCUGAUGGGCUCUGCCAUCCUGAUCCCCCUGGUGUACUACAUGAAGAGGCACAGGUGGUCUGUGUUGAAGAGCAGGAAGAUCGCCUACCGGCCCCCCAAAUAAGCCGCCAGGCCACUCUGCUCAGACUUUGCCGCGACCGAUCCCUUAACUUUCUGCACAGCCAUCCAAUCAGCGAGAGCAUCGGUUGCCUUAACACAAGUCACGUCAUAUGUCACAUGUCCUUUCAUGGUGCAGGCUUCUCUCCACAGGAGAAAGGGAAGAGAAAGGUGCAUGCACAACCUCAACAUUGUUUUUACUGUAAAGAAUAAAUUAUCUUAUGAAAUAUGUUUUGUGUUGUCACCUGCUAUAUUAUAUGCCGUCUGGGAGGCAUCCUGACAUAUUCUGAAAAGUCUUCUGUAGUGAGCUGGUGUCAUUGCAUAGUUUCCCUAGACUUGUGUAAAUAUUUAAUAAACCUGUCCUGGUGGAUCUCUGAACUCAAA